GGCGGUUUAGGGAUCAGAAUAGUAUUUGAAGGGAAUGAGGUUUAAAGAGAAUUGGGUGCUUCGGAGGGAAGGGGGAGGACAUAUGGAUUCCUGAAGGUUGGAGGAGUUGGAAGGGGUAGAGGUGUGGGUGGUUCUAAAUCCUAAGUAGGAACAGAAACUAUGCUGCCUGAAGUGAGGAUCAUAGGACUUGAAUUAAAAGGGACUUUUUAGAUCAUCUAGUCCAAUCCCUUCAUUUUAUAAAUGAAGCCAUAAAGGAUAGUGACUUUCUAGAGUCAUGCAGUAAAUAAAUGGCAAGUCUUCCAACUCUAAGUCCAGAGCACUUUCCAUUACAUAAAACCCAAACUAUGAAACAGAAAUUAGGCCUCUGACCAAGAUACAAAACUUUGCUUCAUUUACCUAUUAAGCUUCAUUUUCUACCUAGAGGGGGAAAUCCCUUGGGCUAGGUGGGGCAGAGACUUCCUCCUGGCCACCCAUAGUACACGAAUUAGGUAUGGAGCACAGGGAGAAUUUUUUUUGGUAUAGAAUAGAGAUAGGAUGAGGUGAGGUGAAGUGGGAUGGGGGGAAUCAAAUCAGCAAACAAGCGGACCUAGCAAUACACUUGGGAAGAUUAUCACCUUGUCCAGUGGAGGGAAAUUUUGGUUAAGCUAUUUCAAUGUUGUUUCUUUCUGGUAAUCUCAUAUAAGAACUUUUCUCUGGAAACAGGAAGUCAAUCGCUUGCCAAGUUCAGCACAGAGAGUAACAGGACAUGUUCUAACACACCCCAGUCCUAGCCAUAACCCCACAGCUUGGGCCAGUUUAUUGCUUUUAAGUUCUGACCUCCCCCCUCUGCUUGCUAUUUACCUUCCCAACCCCAGAUUUAAAUUUAUCCCCACCUAAUCUCUUCCCUUGGCCCAUAAAAGUUUUCCUCAUCACUUAAACAAGGGAUUCCAUCUAAUCAUUAAACUCUUUUCUAAGUUUCCCUCCCCCAUCUCUAGGCUGCUCCCACCCUCUUCAGUCUGUCCCUCCCCCUUCAGUCCAUUUUCCCUGGGUAUUGCUGUAUGAUGUGUCUCUUGGCAGCCAACCUUCCAUUGCCUGGGAGACUGAAACCCAUUCUUUCUCUUGGAGUUGUGAAUGAGGUGGAGGGGGAAGUUUGAUCUUGAGGUGAUCAGGAGGUCCAAUUUUGGGGGCACCUGAGAAAUUGGAUAUUUCCUUUCCUCCUCCCUCUUUUCUCAAGUUCCCUUUUACUUUUCCCUUGCGUAACUUUCUUCCUCCUUUCUAUCUCUCCCACUCCUCACCCCCCCCCCCCUCCGUUACCCUCUAUUGUGACACACAGCUGCUAGCAGGAUCCUCAGGCUAGUCAUGUCUCCUUUACUAUCUCCCAAGCCCCUCCCUGGGGGUCCAAGCCGAGACCCAGCAUUCUUGGUUUCCCUUUGGUUGAGUUGGGGGACAGCUUUAGGGGUAGCAGCCUGUGCAGUGGUACUACUAAUUCAGCAAGCAGAGCUCCAGACCCUGAGGGGAGAGGUGGCCCAGCUGAAAGGGAAUGGAGGGUCUCACCAGAAGGGAGAUAGGCAGCCUUUGCUGAUCCUCCACAAGCAGGACACUGAUGAAAUGGAAGCUUUGAAGGAUGAGGAAAUAACUAGAAGGAAGAGAGAAGUCCUCACCCAAGAACAUCAGUACAAGAGAAAACGUUCAGUUUUGCACCUUAUUCCCAUUAACAGUACCUCCAGAGAGGAUUCUGAUGUGACAGAAAUAAUGUGGGAGCCAGCACUGACGCAUGGUAGAGGUCUGGAACCACAAGGACAUGUUGUUGGAGUCCGGGAGACUGGAAUGUAUCUCCUGUACAGCCAGGUGCUGUUUCAUGAUGAAACUUUCACCAUGGGCCAGGUGGUUUAUCGGGAAGGGCAAGGAAGAGAGAUCCUAUCCCGAUGUGUCUGUAGCAUGCCCUCCGAUCUCCACCAAGCCUAUAACAGCUGCUAUACUGCAGGUGUGUUCCAGUUAUACCAAGGGGACAUUUUGAGUCUCACAAUUCCUCGGGCAGGAGCUAAACUUGAUCUCACUCCCCAUGGCACUUUCUUGGGUUUAGUGAAACUCUGAGCUUUGAGAAGAGAUUAACAUAUAUAUAUAUAUGCUCCAGCCAAAGGAUAGACUAGGCAAAGGCCUGGUACUUUAGAACAGAGACUACUUCCUGAUUUUGACCUAAUUCUCUCCCCUGUCCCUUUUCUUUCUAUUCUUCCUUCUUUUCUCCCUACUCCUACAGACAAAUUUGGGGCAGAAGUAUAAAGGAUCUGAUCUUCUGGACCCCAAUUCUUUACUGCAUCUUACUCUCCAACCUAUACUGUACUGCUAGAAUUCUUCCACAACAGCAGUACCGCCUAGUGGCAAAUUGGUGACAUUAUCCUCUCAGUGUACUGAAUUUCACACUGCCUUGUUCCAAAAUAUUAAAUAUAUUCCUACUCAACCAUGUUCCAUAA